AUGGACCAAGGUGUAAUAAGAUGUUUAAAAUCUCAUAAUAGAAGACUGCAAGUGUUAAAGUUAAUACAAAGCAUUGACAGUAAUAAUCAGAACAGCUUUAUGGUUCUUGAUGCCAUCUUGAUGAUAUCCGAAGCAUGGGAAAAAGUUUCACAAAAAACUAUAGCUAACUGCUUUGGGCAUGCAGGUUUUAAAGAUCUUACAAGUCUUAUAACAAGAACCUCAGAUGAUGUGAUUGACGACGAUGAAGAGGACAAUAUUUCUUUGGCUCAAUUAGCCCAAAAUUUACGACCUGCUUUAUCUACUACUGAAACAGACGAGUUCAUUGAUGUAGAUCAGUCUAUUGCAGUUUGUGCACCAGCUACGGAGGAUGAUAUUGUACGUGAAGUUCAAGAGGAAAAUGAAAAUGAACAGGAAGACUCGGAAGAACAAUUUACAGUGCCAACUUUGAUUGACGGUCUCAAUGCUGUUAGUGUAUUACGAAAGAUUGUUCUUUUUAAUGAAGAGUUCCACAUGCAGGGAAAUUGUGACGAUACGCUGAUUAAAAUCCAAUGUGAAUUACAAAAUGUGUAUGCACGACAGAAGUGUUUCAAACAAACUAAAAUUACAGAUUUUAUGCAUACAAAAAUGAUGGAAAAAUGAUAUUGUUCUUUUAUAUUAUACGUUUAUAUUGAAGUAAACAAAAUGCAGUUUAAUUUCCUACAUGAAUAUACAUAUUAUCUUUCCUAUUAAU